CGCGCGCAUGCGCCCGGCACGGGCGCCCGCGGGACCCGUUGCGAGCGUAUGUGCGCGCGCGGCAGCGGCGGCAGGGCGGAGCGCGCUCGGCGCUCCCGUGCGGUGGGCAGCGCGCGCGGGGCCGGGAGCGUGCCGGCCCCCGGACAGGCUCUCGCUCUGGCCGCCGCCAUGUCCGCUACCAUCGAGCAGGAGUUCCAGGAGAUAGACGCCACUAACGACUGGCAGGCGCGUUAUCUGGAAAUUCGGCAUAAAUCCAGUGACUACCCUCACAGAGUUGCAAAAUAUCCAGAAAACAGAAAUCGAAACAGAUACAGAGAUGUUAGUCCAUAUGAUCAUAGUCGUGUAAAAUUGCAGAACACUGAGAAUGACUAUAUCAAUGCCAGCCUUGUGGUCAUAGAAGAAGCCCAGAGGUACUAUAUUUUAACACAGGGUCCACUGCCUAAUACAUGUUGUCAUUUUUGGCUAAUGGUAUGGCAACAACAAACCAAAGCAGUUGUCAUGCUGAACAGAAUUGUUGAAAAAGAAUCGGUGAAGUGUGCUCAAUACUGGCCAACAAAAGAAGAAGAAGUUAUGACAUUCAGUGAAACAGGUUUCCGUGUGAGGCUAGUAUCUGAAGACGUCAAAUCCUAUUACACAGUACAUCUACUGCAAUUAGAAAAUAUCAACAGUGGUGAGUCCAGGAUGAUCUCUCAUUUUCAUUAUACUACAUGGCCAGACUUUGGAGUUCCUGAAUCCCCAGCUUCAUUCCUGAACUUCCUGUUUAAAGUCAGAGAGUCCGGUUCACUAAGUCCUGAACAUGGACCUGCAGUAGUUCACUGCAGUGCGGGGAUAGGACGUUCUGGCACGUUUUCAUUAGUAGACACUUGUCUUGUUCUGAUGGAAAAAAAAGACCCAUUUUCUGUAGAUAUUAAGAAGGUAUUGCUAGAUAUGAGAAAAUAUCGAAUGGGACUUAUUCAGACCCCUGAUCAACUAAGAUUUUCAUAUAUGGCUGUAAUAGAAGGAGCAAAAUUUAUAAUGGGAGAUUCAACUAUACAGAAACGGUGGAAGGAGCUCUCUAAGGAGGACCAAGCGCCGAGUUCUGAGCAGUCUCCUCCACACCCAACUAAAAUAACCACAGAGAAGUACAAUGGGAACAGCAUAAGCCUGGAGAACAAAGAUCAAAUGGAGAAAAUAAAUACUGACCUGUCCACUAAAGUUCAGGAUAUCGCAGAUGGAAACAUCGAAAGUACCAUCCGAAAACGACUGCGAGAGGAUAGGAAAGCUAACACAGCACAGAAGCUGCAGCAGAUGAAGCAGAAGCUAAAUGAGACUGAAAGAAAAAGAAAAAGGUGGUUAUAUUGGAAACCUAUUCUCACUAAGAUUGGGUUUGGUACGCUGAUAUUAGUUGGUGCUUAUUCUUGCUGGAAAAUGUAUUUUCAAGAACAUUCCUUGUAAGUAAACAGUAAGCCUGGCUGCUCCAGCAGCUAGUUUUGCUGCGGUUAAAUGACUAGGGGUAUGACUUUAAGCAGUAAAUUCCUUACACCUGGAAUGGGUACAGACCAUUACGUAAAAUAGGGAAGUGAUGUAAACUUGAUCACACGUCAACGUCUCAGGACUUUCCACUGCAGGUACUUACAAAAAUGAACUGCUGCCCCCAACAAAAUUGAUGUCUUUUGUUUAUAUGAGCAGGUACAAACUUGCUGCAAUUGUUUAUACGCUUUUUAAAAUGGUGUUCUACCAGAUCUUAAGCAAACCCUGGAACCACAGAGGUUUAGCUACUGAAGGCUGUCUGGAUUUAAAUUUUCAUGCCUGACAUAAGCAAUAAACAGUGUUGUAUUAUUUACAUUAUUAAUGCAAAGAAGUUAUCCUUAACUGUGUGUAAUGUGUAAUGUACUAGUGACAUGAACAUAAACAUUUUAUAUUCUUAUGACCUAGGAUAAAUAUAUUUUAUAAUGGCAUAUUUAAUCUUUUUGUAGUUCAUUGUACUUUUAAAAGCUCAGUUUGUACAAAUUUCUGACCAAAAAGAAUUUGAUUUUGAAACAAAAUGUAAUUAUAAUUUGUGCAUGAAAAUAAUAGUGCAACCAUUCCCCAUAUUUUGACUCUCCAAUUUAUGAUAUGAGCAGCUAGGGGUCUGAUGAAGCACUUAACAAUUUCUACUCUGUUAAUUUGCAUUCCUUAUUUAUUUUUUUAUAGUUUUCAUUAUUUAAGUGAGGCUUAGAAAUUUGAUAUUUUUUUUAAGGCUUUUGAGAAUUUAGCCCCCGGUGAAAAGCAUACUGUUAAGUUGGUUAAUGUAUUCAGACUUCAGCUACUGUUUGGAGGCCAGCAUUGUUAAAGUUCUGACAUUCCAUUAAAUGUAAAACAUAAUGUUUUGUGUGUCUAUAGAUUUUAAUUGCUAGAAAGAGUAAAAUUAAUUCAUCAGUAGUAGGUGUAGAAAGCACAUCAAAGGAAACUAUAGUUGGACUUCCAAGGGUGGUUUUGAUGGAAAACAGAUGUUGGUAGUGUUCUCCCGUACCCAGCAUGUUCAGCUGUAUCAGCCCCUUCUGUAACUUCACAAAGUCUAGAACUGCUUUUCAGGUUCCCCAGCACUGAUUAGAGGCAUGACAGUAAAGCACUUGACGACUUAAAAUUUUGGGAGUAUCUGUGCUACAGUCACUUCAAAAUUGUUGAGUGCUCCCUUCCCGUUCGUUGGGCCGUGACACCUUCUGAACAGUAAUUCAACACAAAUCACUUUCUAUCCUUUAAAUUCUCUUUGAACGCAAGAUUGUAUAUGGCUGUGUGUAGCUUGCUGUCAUUCAAGGUGAGACCUAAUAAUUUGUAGCAUUGUACUGCACUUUGAAACCUGGAUUUUAUUUAUUCAAGCGCGUUGGCCUUGUGGGGCAACUUUAGAGAAGUUGUGUUUUCUGCCUCCGUUUUCCUAGCUUGGUUAUUUUCUCUUGGGUAUUUUGAGGGGUUUCUUCUUCCCCCCUCUUUUCUUUUUUUAUUUUCUUUUUUUCUUUCUCCUUCUGUAAAGAGCUUCUUGGAUUUACUGCUGAAAAAUACUGAAAGAUCUAGAUAAUUACUUUGCUUCUUAUCCAAAGGAAUUGACUUGAAAAGUUUCCAGUAAGUUCAAGCUUAGUAGUAACGUACCAGGCAUGGGGCCCAAAUAGUGUGAUGUUUACUACGCAAAGCUAAGCUGAGUUUACUCUUUGAAACUCUCAUUUUGCAAUAGCUAAUACUGUUUUGGACUACACUGUUUAUAUAGGAAACAACUGUUUAAGGGUCCAGAUAAGGAGAACAAGUGUACUUUCAUACGGUUCCGAAUUUGGGAAAUUGUGCGUCAGUAAAGCAAGACAGUUUGUUCUGUGGCAUUACUGAGCAACUGUGCAGCUCCAGUAGCAGAAUGACUUACUGACUGCUCUGACAGUAUAGACAGGCACUUAACAUAUUUUAAGACAUUUCAGAAUUUUUACAACCACAGUGACUAUUUUGGUCAACAAGAGACUUGGCAAAAGAUUUUUUUUUUUUCUUUAAUUUGAGAAGACAGGUUUUCCAGAGCAGCUAUAACUGAUAGUAGGUGUAAAUGUAUGUGCCUUAUAAAAGAUAUUUUGGUUAUGGAAAACACAUGGAAUGUAAUAAAUGCUUUUGUAACAAAAAUAUUCCAGAUUUUAUUCUAAAUACUUGAAAGCAGCAAGGGAAAAUGCACAGGCAAAACCUGUAGUGACAUCACAGUCAUUUAUUGCCUUUCUGCUGGCAUGAGAGGGGGUUUCCUGGGCCACCAGUAUCCUGCAGGCACUGAGCUCUCACUGUGGCUUGUCAAGUUGUUGCUUGAAUUUUUUUUUCCUGAUUCCAUCUUCUAAAUUCUGGCUUUUUUUUUGUUUUCUUGAUCCUGAGCAGGCCUUCCUCCUUUCUGGGUGGGGCAGGGCCGGAGGGGGCCAUCUUAUAUCACCUCACACUGUUACUGUCUUUAUAUGCAAUAAAGCAGGACUUGCACAUUCAACAAUUGAUCUAUAAACGUGUAUUUGGUUCCAUGAUUGUAGGUAUCUUGAGAGUCUUAACUGUUAAAAGUUAAGGACCGUGAACCGAUAAGAGUCUUGGACAAAACUAUUUUGUAUGGUGAAUUGUUCAUGACAGUAUGAGAGCUGGAAGGGAAAUAAAACAUUAGACCUUUUAGUACAUUCCAGAAGAUAAUUUGGAUACAACUCUUGUCUCUGGUCCAUCAGCAGUCCUUGAAAAGCCAAAAUCUGGGGGAGGCUUGUUCUUUUUACUGCGAGCUGAGCCCUUGUCAUACUCCGUUGUUCUGUGGGAUUUAAACUUGCAGCAGUUUUGCACAACUUUGAUGUUAAAUAGGAACAGAUACAGACCAAAAUGAAGAACUGAUCCCAGUUCCUCUAUUGCAGGAAAUGCUUCAGAGUAAAAAUGAAGGGCGUGCCUUCUGGCCCCUUUCCUGCCUUCCCCCACCCCAGUUUCUGGCAGGCUGCUGGCUGGUCCUGUGCUACUUCUAAAAUGCUGUUGCACGUGGUGCGACGUUACUGCAUUGGGUUUUCCCCUCUGUUCUGGAAGUACGUCAGGCAGAAUACUUGACACAUAGCGGGCUGCUUUGCAUUUGAUGAAAUGAUGUUUGACUCUCAGAUGAACACUUGUCUACAAGCGAUGCAUAUUUUUAUUAAAAAAAAAAAAUUAGCAAACAUUCGGACCCUUAUGGCAAGGGGGUUGUAAAUUUGGAAUGAAUCUCUUAGGUUUUCUGGUUUUGUUCUUGGUGCAGGGACAGUCCACUUAGAGUGAUGGUACAUCUGUAUUUUCCUUGAAAUGUAUUAAGUAAAAUAAUUCAGUGUGAAAUAGCAAUUAAAAAAAAAUAAUUAUGGAAGUAAGAAGUUGCAAGUGAAACAGCUUAUUCUGUUGAACCUUGAGUAAAAUGGUUUACCGACAUCAGUUUAUAUAUGCCACUGAAAAGGGAAGAGGUGUAAAUGUGUAUGCAUGUAUGUGUGAUUGGAUUGUGCAGGUAAUUACAAAGCCUGGCUAGCUUUAAAGUUCAGUGAAUGUUAACCAAAUCAAUUAGUUUGCUGCUUGGCAUUAUAGUUAAACCUGAAACACUUGAGGACUGCACAAUUAACGAUGACAGAAGAGGAAGUCUUCUGCAUGGCCCAAGUGGCCUAAGUCAGAGGACGAAACGUGCAAAGCUGACGUAACACACAGUAGUCUUCCUGGGCUUUUUUGUUUUCCCCAAAAGUUUUAGGUCAGUCUUUCAUUUUUAUGUACGAAAAAUAAAUGUGUUCAAAAUUGUA